CAAAAGAUUCUAGAACCGCGUGCAUCUUAAUGUUGUCCUGAAAUUCUGCUCAUGAUAAAACAUAGAUUCAGACUAAGCAAAUCAUAUGGACGAAUUACAAAAGUUUUAAUAAUAGUAAGAGAUGUAUCCUCAGUAGGCACAAAACCUCAAUGUUAGGAACCAGACUCAAAAUCGGGUCAGUGACUCUACAGCCGUAUCGAUCUGUAGAAUGAAGUCAUGUCAUAUAUCUAAGUCCUACACCAUUAACAUCAGGCAGAGAACACAAAUACAUAAUGCCUCCGUAUCACAUGCUCUUACUGAUAGAAAAUACAUUAUCUGCCAGUCAGGUAAAGUCCAGAUUGAUCAGUCAAUCUAUAUCUUCUCAAAACUCUAACAAAAGCUUGUACUAUCGUGAGUUUCAAAUUGAUAUUAAUGUUAUUAUUUUCUGAUGACAGCAUGAGUAUGAUAGAGAUGACCAGGUUGAGAAAUUAGACUGUGGGCUCAGCUUCCAUAUCCAAUGCGUCAAAUAUUGACUAUUGAAGAAGAAUGUUAUUGUCAUGUCUAUAAAAAAACCACAAUAAUUUAAGUGGCUUAAAAUAAUUGCGUGCCGCAAAUGAGAGGAAGGAAUGAGUCAACGUUUUAGACUUAUGAGCCAAGUGGGGGAGAGUGUGGGGAUCACAGAAGAGUUGACAAAUCAACUGAAAAAUCCAACAAGAGAGAUGACGCAAGACUUGAGAAGCCAAAGCUUUUUAAAUGAAACCCAUAAGCCUUACACAACUCAUUACUUACCACCCAAACUUCAGAAACAAAAAAAAACAGGAUGAUGAUUCCGAACCAAUCUUUUUUCUUCAUCUUCUUUCUUUCCGUUAUAUUCAACACUCUUGCUUCUCCUACGCACCAAAGGGAUGCUCUUUUGGAGUUCAAAAAUGAGUUUCCGUUCAAUGCAUCAGACCCACGUGCUCCUCCUGAAGCCCCUUUAAGUUCGUGGAACACAAGCAGUGAUCACUGUUCCUGGAAAGGUGUCACAUGCAACGCUCAUUCCAGUGAGGUGAUAUCACUCGUCCUUGAGUACACCUACCUUAAUGGGUCUUUGAAAGCAAACACUAGUCUUUUAAAACUCCAUCAUCUUCACCACCUAACCCUUUACAAUUGCGAUCUCAUAGGAGAGAUUCCUUCUUCAUUAGGAAACCUUUCUCAUCUCAGACAUCUUAACAUUUCUGAUAAUAAUUUCUUGACAGGUGAAAUUCCAUCCUCUAUAGGAAACCUUUCUUAUCUCAGUUUUCUUGACCUCUCUCAUAAUUAUUUAGUAGGUAAAAUUCCAUCUUCCCUAGGAAACUUGUCCCGUCUCACAGUUCUUGAUCUUAGUGACAAUCAUGGCUUGAUAGGUGAAGUUCCGCCUUCAAUUGGCAAUCUUAACCAGCUAACAAUCAUGAUAUGUUACAUAAAUAAACUGAAUGGUAAUAUUCCUAGUUCAUUUGCCAAUUUGAACAAGCUGUCCUAUUUAAUCCUCUCAGAAAAUCAGUUCUCUGGUGGAGAUUUACCUCUUAUACUAUCAAAUUUAACCAGCCUGUCUUAUUUAGACAUUUCCGAAAACCACUUCAAAUCCAAGCUUCCACCUAACAUGAGUGGACUCCAUAACUUGGAGGUAUUUAGAGUGAGUAGUAACUCUUUUGUCGGGACUUUCCCUACAUCUCUGUUUAGGAUUCCUUCCUUACGAGAGGUUUAUUUGAAUGGAAACCAGUUCGAGGGACCCUUAGAGUUUGGGAAUAUAUCAUCAUCGUCUUCUGAGUUAGAAUUGCUAGAACUCGCUUCUAACGACUUCCAUGGACCAAUCCCAGAAGAUAUAUCUCUAUUUCGCAAACUCGAUAUUAUAAGUCUUAGCAAUAACAGCUUCACUGGGUCAAUACCUGGAUCUAUGUUCAAAUUAGUUUCCCUCAGUGAGCUAGAUCUCUCUUACAAUAAGUUGGAAGGUCAAGUACCAAGUUUCUUGUGGAGGAUAUACACCUUGAGGCUUUCUCAUAAUUCUUUCAGUAACCUCGAGGAAUUACCCCAAGCUGUCGUCAAUGGAAGUGACUAUGAUCUUACUUCAAAUUCAGUCCAAGGACCAGUUCAAUUUGAUCUUAGUUCAAAUGCACUCGAAGGACUUAUCCCCCGUUGGAUCUGUAAGCAUUCAUCAUUGAUCUUCUUGGAUCUGUCAAACAACCAUCUCUCUGGUUCCAUUCCUUCAUGUCUGAUGAAUUGUACUUCUUCUCUUGGCGUUAUAAUUCUGAGAAACAACAACUUGAGUGGAUUCCUUCCAGACAUCUUUACCAAUGCCACCAAGUUACGAUCGCUAGACGUUAGCCGUAACCAGUUAUCGGGGAAGCUUCCAAAAUCUUUGAUCAACUGCACGUCUAUGGAAAAUCUGAAUCUGAAAGGAAACAAGUUCAAGGACACGUUUCCAUCUUGGUUGAGUUCUUUGGGAUCAUUAAGUGUUUUGUUUCUCGGAUCAAAUGCACUUUAUGGUCCAAUCUCUUCACAUUUGGGGUUUCCGAGUCUGCGAGUCAUUGACCUAUCGAACAAUAGCUUCAAUGGAACACUGCCACAAGAUUAUUUUGUGAACUGGCGUGAAAUGGCAUCAGUGGGGGAAAAGGAUGGCUUUACAUCUAGUGACGGCAUAGACACAUUUAUGGAACACAUGGGAGGAGGAAUCUAUGAGGAUUCGAUGGAUAUGAUGUAUAAAGGUGUAGACACAGAGUUUCCACUGAUCUUACUUAUGUUCAAAGCCAUCGAUUUUUCUGGAAACAAAUUCACGGGACGGAUCCCUAAAUCAAUUGGCAUGUUGAAGGAAUUGCGUCAUGUCAACUUUUCAAGAAAUGCAUUUACAGGCAGUAUCCCUUCAUCUUUGGCAAAUAUAAAAAACCUAGAGGCACUAGAUCUCUCUCACAAUAAGCUUUCUGGUUAUAUUCCUCGUGAUCUUGCUAACCUCUCCUUCGUGUCAUACUUGGACUUCUCCCACAACCUUCUCCAAGGUCCUGUUCCAAGAAGCACUCAGUUUCAGAGGCAACAUUGUUCUUCAUUCGAGGACAAUCUUGGACUCUUUGGUCUCGAGGACAUCUGUGGAUCGGUCCAUGUUCCUCAUCCUACAUCGGGGGAUUCACAUCAAUCCAAAGAAUUUUCAUCCGAAGAGUCAGAAGAAGCGUUGAGCUGGAAAGCUGCUGCAAUAGCCUUCGGACCAGGUGUAUUCUGUGGAUUGGUGAUCGGAUAUAUCUUCUUCACUUCACACAACAAACACAUAUGGUUCAUGGAAAAGCUCGGUUGAACCAUCUCGGUGGCAGCAUCACUGUUAGCUAAGCCCAUCUCUCUUAACUUUGUUUCUUUAAGCGUCUUGUAAGUCUGUAUUUCCAAUAACUGGUUCGUGAAAGUGUUGUCUUUGUACUUUUAGUUCUAUUGAACAUUAUUGGUGUAUAGUUUUGUAAUAAUGAUACUAGGUGUAUAGAAAAAAAAUUAAAUUAUUUUUAACAGAUAAAUAUAAAUUAUAUUUGAUGU